GUUGUAUUUAUUUGCUAGAAUCUGUGCGCAACGGAACGGCUUACAAGCUGAAAGUGUAAUUUCCCUCAAAGCCAGAUCCGUUAAGUUUAGCUUGCGAUAUCCUCGUUUUGAAUUUUUUCAUUAACCCGCUCAAAGAAAUAUGAAGAGUUUUUUGUUGUUGGUCUGCUUGGCGGUGCUGGCGAUGGCCGAUGUGAAGCAUCUGACGGACCGAAAUCUGGAUCUAUUUAAGUACAAUCCCAGCGAUAUCUACACCCUGCCCGAGGACAUUGACGACGACAAGCCGGCGGUGCACUUUAGCGGAGAUGUGAUGAAGGCUAAAACCGAGAAAUUGCAGAACUACAAUUCCGGCAAGAAGUUCAAGUUGGAACUGAAGACUCAGAACGGCAUUGAGGUGAGCAGCGUGGGAAAACUGAAGGACGAUAAGACUUUUGUGGUCAGUGGAUCGUACUCCUUCACUGGCGCCGAUGGCAAGCGAUACAAGACCCGCUACACAGCCGAUGAGUUCGGCUAUCAUCCCAUCACAGAACUGGAUCUGGACAUUCCCGAGCCCCAGCCGUUGGCCCCAGCUGGGCAGAGGCCCGCCGUAGAUGCCAGCAGCCUGUUGGGCAACAAGAACCGCUUCCAGUUCCUGCAGCAGAGCCUAAACCCUGAGCAGGCCAGUCCACUGCGCGGCAGCGGCCAGAGCGGGGAUGACUACAGCUACACGCCCCAGAAGGAUGGGGCCAGCGGCCAGAUUUUCAGCUCCCCCUACGGCGGAGUCCGACAGACGCAGUCCAGCGACAACUACGGCAAUGCUAUCGGAGCCUUCGGCAAUGGAUUUGGAAAUGGAAAUGGCAAUGGAUUUGCUGACGUGAAUGAGUACGGCAAUGGCUAUGAUUACCAGGCACCCAAAGUGCAGCUGGUGACGCCAUCGCGCCAGUACCUACCCGUGGCAUAGGGAUCCAUACGAAUCCCAAGUCCAUUAUCUUCUCAAUCCCUAAUCCCCGCUCCCACUCCCCUGCUUUCCACUCACAGCUGCAAGUAUUUAGGUUUAAGUGCAACUCCAACGGGAACCACACAUCCAACAACAACCAGAGUAAAGAGAUAGUUAAAUUUUUUUUUUAUCAUUUUUUAGUGUUAUAUACAAUGCACGAUAUAGUAUGAUAUUAUACCUAUAUAUACUGAUAUAUAAUGUAUAUCUACACCACACUCACACACACAAACACACACACACACGAGCACACAACAACACACACACAAACACAAAACCCGACAAAAGAAAAGAAACAAAUCUAUGUAUAUACACUGAGUGAUAUUAGUAGUAAAUAAAAUGGCUAAACUAA